ACAUAAAAAUAAAGGGAAGCGAAAAAAGAGGAAAGAGGACGGGAAGAAAUAAGCCCUGAGUUGCUGCUCCUCUCUUUUUGAAUCUUCCCUUCGACGACUCCUCUUCAUCUAUCGGGAGAGCUCUUCUUCGAGGGCGGCGGUGGACGCCGGCGGCGUUGGGUGGAAAAAUCCGGCGAUCUCUCUUUUAGCUCCGGUGGUGGGGAUUUCCUGUAGUGGAACUGACUCAAGACCUGUGAAGAACUUGUUCGCCGGUUUGUGGGGGGAGUUUGGUGGCCAAUUGGACAAGAGAGUAUGAUUUGACCGAGGUGGAUUAAUUUAGGGAAGGGAUAUUUGGAGUCUCUCUUGACUUUGGAGACGUUCUGCAUAGGGUACACAAGGCUACUUUAGCAAGAAAAUCACAAUAUACCGUUAUUCAUUGUGGUAACAGUUUUUUGGAUGACUUGAGGACCUACUUGCAUCUAGUUGCAACUUUACUAAUAGAAGAAGCUUGGGAUCUUCCUCAGCCAACCCUUGGUUUAGUUGAUGGGGUCUUGCCUGAUUGAGGUCAUGAAGGAAACAUAGUUAGGUGCCUCAAAAAUUCAGCUUCCAACAUGGCUGGCAUUGUGAGGAUGGCUGGAAGAUAUAACUUCAUAUAACUUUCAGUAUAAGCUUAUUAAGUUAGCUAACUAGUGGCCAAGCAGAAUUUUGAGCAAGACAAACUGCAAUGUUUGAAUUUCGUUACUUGGCUUGAGGUGUUUGUCAAUGUUGGCAUUGGUCAGGCAUGGUCGCAUUUUCUGUGUUCAGCUCUUCUGUGAAGAUAGUUGAUAGCUGACUCUGAAGUUCUGUUUUGGUCAAUUGCUCAUAAGAGGAACUGUGGUUAAGGUUCAAUGUUAAUCUGAACGACAGAUAUAAUUUGAGCUAUCAGUAUCUUAAUUUAAGUGAUUGCCAAGCCAUGGAAACUAUGGCAUCAGGUGGAGCUGUACCUCAUCUUUUUCCUUCUAUUGGACCUGCACUUAUGAUUUCUAUGGGAUACAUCGACCUUGGAAAAUGGGUGGCAGCUGUGGAUGGUGGGGCUCGCUUUGCAUAUGAUCUCAUGUUACCUGUACUCUUUUUCAAUUUCACUGCCAUUCUGUGCCAGUACCUUGCAACUUGCAUUGGUAUGGUCACUGGAAAGAAUCUUGCAGAGAUUUGCGUCGAGGAGUAUUGCAGGCCAGCAUGCAUUACACUUGGACUCCAAGCACUGUUAUCCAUGAUUGCUUCAGACCUGACUAUGAUUUUGGGCAUUGCAUAUGGACUUAAUCUUCUGCUUGGUGUUGACCUCUUCACAUGUAUCUGUUGUGCUACACUUGCUGCUGUUUUACUUCCCUUUUUUGUCACCAUUUUGGUAAGAUCUCUUCUUGGACUCUUUUUGAUUAAUCUUUUAAGGGUGUCAAAUGCAAAAGGUUUAAUACAUAGGAUGCUUCUUGAGAUGCAGGACAACGGGAUAGCAGAAACAUUGUAUGUAAUCAUAGCAGGCCUUGCUUUGCUACUCUAUGUGCUCGGCGUAUUAAUUAGUCAACCAGAAAUCCCUCUUGUAAUGAAUGUGAUUUUUCCUAAGUUGAGUGGGGAGAGUGCAUACUCGCUUAUGGCUCUUCUUGGUGCGAAUAUAAUGGCACACAAUUUCUACAUACACUCUUCAAUUGUACAGCGGCUGAGAAGACUCUCAAAUGUUGCUAUGGGUGCUUUAUUUCAUGACCAAUUUUUUGCUAUCCUGUUCAUUUUUACUGGCAUUUUUCUGGUGAAUUUUGUACUGAUGAAUUCAGCAGCUGUACUAUCUAGCAAGGCAGACAAUGAGCUUAAUCUUCAAGAUGUUUCCUUGCUGAUGGACCAGAUAUUUAGGACUCCUAUAGCACCAAUAGCAUUUUUUCUGGUCCUUCUCUUCUCUAGUCAGAUCACAGCUGUAACAUGGAAUAUCGGUGAGCAAGUGGUAUUGCAACAUAUUUUUGGCAUAAACCUGCUUCUGCCAGUUCAUCACAUGUCAGUUAAGGCUCUCACCAUCAUUCCAGCUCUCUAUUGUGCAAAGAGUGCAGGUGCUGAAGGAAUGUAUCAAUUUCUUAUUUUCUGUCAAGUUAUACAGGCUAUGCUUCUUCCAUCCUCUGUCAUUCCACUUUUCCGGGUUGCAUCAUCAAGAUUAAUAAUGGGAGCUUUCAAAAUCUCUUGGUAUCUUGAAAUCUUGGCUUUGGUUACAUUUUUCGGGAUGCUUGCACCAAAUGUUAUCUUUAUCAUAGAAAUGUUAUUUGGAAACAGCAGCUGGAUAAAUAACAUGAGGGGAUGUAUGGGAAGCACUGUGAUAGUCCCAUAUGCUGCUCUUCUACUCAUUUGUUGUACUUCCAUUAUUUUUACACUAUAUCUGGCAGUUACACCGCUAAAAUCUGCGAGUGAUGGGCCAGAGGCACAGUUGUGGAUCUUGCAUGAUAAGUUGGAGCUUCCUGAGGGCAAAGAAGAAAAUGAUCUAGAUAACAUUACAUUUGUUGAAGAUCAUGGGUCUGCAGUAGAACCUGUCUUGGAGAGUUCCGGUCUUCCUGAUAAAUCAGUUCAUGAAUUGAAUCUUGAUAUGUCCGAGACAGCUAUUGAUUCUGACCAUGAUACUCAUCACUCUUCUGAUGGUCCAAACUUUAGUUCUACUUGUACUUCCUCAUCACAUUAUGCUGAAGAUUUGAAACCUGUAGUCAAACCUGAUCUGCUGGAAAUCAUAGAUAAAGUUUCUACCAGUGGCUCGCCAGAUGCAGGUAUUGUACAGAGUAUUGAGUCCAAGGACCCAGUAGAAAAGGAUGUCAAGGACCCAGUGGAAAAGGUUGUGGGAGUGGAAACAGAUGUUCAUUCAGAUAAAGAUAAUGGAGGAGAUGCUUUGGAGUUUGAAGAGUCCCCCAGAGGAGCUUUGUCAACUUCAACCUCUGAUGGUCCUGGGUCCUUUGGUAGCAUCAAGGGAAAAGGUUAUGAUGGAGGGAAUGACAGUGGAAGCCUAUCAAAAUUGUCUGGAUUGGGUCGCGCAGCACGACGUCAAUUUGCAGCCAUUUUGGAUGAGUUUUGGGGUCAUCUGUUUGAUUUUCACGGGAAGCUAACGCAAGAAGCAAGUGUGAAAAAACUGGAUGUUUUGCUGGGAUUAGAUUUGAAAAUAGUUGGUUCUGUCAAAAUGAACAACUCAGGAGCAGAAUUGUCCAAGAAUUUCUUUACAGAUGCAGAUAGGGGAAUGGCUAUGUCAGCCGUCUCAAGAGACUACAAAUCUCCCAAACAGAAGAUAAAUUCAAGUAUGGAGUUAUCCCACGGGCUUCAUAUGGGAUCCCCAUCUUGGUCACAAAACAUGCAUGUGUCGAACACGCAUGUGAAAAACUCAUGCAGGGACCUAGUUGAUCCCAGUGAAAAACUCUUUUCUACUUUGCACUUGCCACAAUAUUCUCAUAAUCGGGAUUAUCAGCCUGCUACAAUACAUGGUUAUCAGAUAGCAUCCUAUCUCAAAGGGAUUGGUUCGGGCAGAACUCCCUAUUCCUCAAGCAUUUCACUAGACCCACUAUCAACUGCCAAGUCUGCUGAAUCCUUUAUCCCAAAUAUCAGGGAUUCAGUUAUGUAUACUCAAGGGCAAAAUGGACUUGGUUCAGUGGGAACAUCUGGUUUGCAAAGCCCAACAGCAUCUCGAAUUAGCAGAUUGCAGGUAGAAAGGCCUUACUAUGAUCUUUCCCUGGUUGAUACUAGUGAAAAUUUUGGUGCUGCAGCCUCCACAAAGAAAUACCAUAGUUCACCGGAUGUUUCUGCACUUAUUGCUGCUAGCAGGAGUUCGUUGUUGAAUGAGGGAAAAUGGGGUAGUCCUUUUGGCCCUCGUCCAUCCUUGAGUAGGAUGACAUCUGAGAAAUCACAAUAUUUGAACCCUAUCUCCAGAGCUGGAGUUCCAUUGCCAUUUGAUGAGCUUUCUCCACCCAAACUCCAUAGAGAUGUGUUCUCAUUACAGUCAAAUUUGAAUCCAGAAACCAAGUCUCUAUGGUCUAGACAACCAUUUGAACAAUUGUUUGGUAUGAUGGGCACUAAUCAGAAUAGAGAGGAUGAAGGAAUUUCUCACAGAUCCAGCACGGCUCCCAACAAAGACACUUUCUCUUGUUCAGAAUCAGAAGCCAAGCUAAUUCAAGCUCUUCGAUAUUGUAUUAAGAAGCUCUUAAAAUUGGAGGGAUCAUAUUGGUUGUUUAGACAGAAUGAUGGGUCCGAUGAGGAGCUAAUCAAUCGGGUUGCUGCAGCUGAGAAAUAUCUAUGUGAAGCAGAUGUUAAUGACAUGAAUCAGGUAUACAUGAGUGACCUUCAUCACUUGUCUUCUGAUCAAAGGUUUAGUUCAGUCCAAAGGAGUGAAGAGGAAGAUAAUGCUUUGUCAUUGCCCAAUUGUGGAAAUAGUUGUAUAUGGCGACCAGCUCUGGUUGUUAGUUUUGGUGUGUGGUGCAUCCGCCGGAUCUUAGAACUAUCACUUGUGGAGAGUCGGCCAGAGCUGUGGGGCAAAUACACUUAUGUUCUCAAUCGUCUUCAGGGAAUUCUUGAUCCUGCAUUCUCCAAGCCCCGGAAUCCCAUUGGUGCCUGCUCGUGUCUCGGAAGACUAGCAAAAGACAUGAAGAGCUUCAAGCAGUCGCAGCAGAAAUCAAUCAAUGAAUCCUUUACAACAGCAAGUAUGAUUCUUAACAUCAUCAAGGAUGUUGAGAUUGCAGUCUCUGGCCGCAAGGGCCGAACAGGCACUGCAGCAGGUGAUGUUGCAUUUCCGAAAGGGAAAGAGAACUUGGCAUCCGUAUUAAAGCGCUACAAACGUCGGCUCUUGAACAAGUUUCCUGGAAACCAUGAAGUGAUAAUUUUGAUACCGGUUGGUCUUCUUCACCCCAAAUCACAAAGGAAAGCCAGCACUGCAGCAACCAUACCUUUUACUAUUGUCGUUUUUGAAAUUUGUAUGAAGGGCCUUAACACGGGACAUGGUGAUAAAUUGAGGUAAGGGACAGCUAAAUCAGGCAAGUGAUAUAGGGCCAUACUUCCUCUAGGAGAAUUCUACCUGGCUAUCAUUCGGUCUUUGGCAGUUUGGCUUAUUUAUGAAACAUAACGCUGCAGUGCCCAAUCAUCCUCGUUUCCACUAUUGCAAACUAGUAAUUUUUUAUAUGUUAGGCACGUGAAUAGAAGGAAAAUAAAAUAGGAGUCUGUCAUGCGUUCUGGCUCCCCAAAAGUUUUGCUACAGGGCACCUAAAGAGUGGUUUUUAAGAGCUUUUUUUUCUAUUUUUUUUUUAAACAUAAUAAGUAUGCUGGGAAAAAAGGAGAAAAAUGUUGCUCUCCUCAUCAGUAUGUAAAGCAAGUAGAUAAAUGGAGUUGGACCACGGAAUACAACUGAAAUGGGAGAGUUUCGAUUAUAAUUCGGGUUCUACUCAUCUAUUGAUGAUGGAUAUUUGGAGUAUUAAAUCUAGCAUUGCUCCGUUUAGUGCAAAGAAUGUUUUCUGGAAGGCUAAUAGGACGGCAAACUGGGCGGCUUCUUAUAUGGUUGUUCGUAUUAUCGAGCUAUGUAUGGGAUAUAUUGCUGACUGGUGUAAAUGGUUGAUUUAUUUAAAGGCUUCGUGGAGCAACCAGAUCAGAAAAGGGAAAAAAAAUAAAAAGAGGAAAAACAGAUGUUGAGAUUGAAUAA